GGUUUAGAUAUCAGUUUAGGGCAACUGCUGCUAUAAAUACUCCAACUUCAUACCCAAAACGGUUUAGGGCUUAAACGAACAACAUUGAAGCCGGAAAAGAGGGCUCUUUCGUCACCGUUGUAUCUUAAAAUUCAAUCAAUCAAAUCAAAGAUGGAUCGGUACCAAAAGGUGGAAAAGCCAAGAGCAGAGCAACCCAUUGAUGAAAAUGAGAUCCGAAUCACCAGCCAGGGAAGGAUGCGGAACUAUAUCACCUAUGCCAUCACUUUGCUUCAGGAAAAAGGAUCGUCAGAAAUCGUGUUUAAAGCAAUGGGCAGAGCAAUCAAUAAAACUGUAACGAUUGUGGAGCUGAUAAAGAGGAGAGUUGUUGGUCUUCAUCAAAUUACAACAAUUGGGUCAACAGACAUAACUGAUACAUGGGAACCGCUAGAGGAGGGCUUACUACCUAUAGAAACCACAAGGCAUGUUUCAAUGAUCACCGUAACUCUCUCUACGAAGGAACUGAAUACAUCAUCUAUUGGAUAUCAGCCUCCAUUGCCAGCUGAUCAGGUGAAGGUGGCAACUGAAUUUGAGUAUGAAGGAGAUGGAUCACCAACUGCAAGGGGCAGGGGCCGUGGUAGAAGGGGAAGAGGAAGAGGAGGGUCUAGAGCCACCAUGCCUGGAGAGUAUGAGGACGCGGGAUGGGAUGCACCUCGUGAAUUCACCAGGGGCAGGGGCCGAGGACGAGGUCGUAAUUUCAGAGGUCGCGGAAGGGGAGGUUACAAUAACAAUGGUCCAUAUAUGGAUGAUCAAUACGAUGGAGGAUAUAAUCAAGAAGCCCCACCGAUGCAGCAGGGAAGAGGACGUGGACGUGGGAGGGGAACUCGUGGCAGGGGUCGUGGUUUCAGAUCAAACGGGCCGACUCAGGCUGCAGCGGCAGAUGGAAUGUAAAGAAAGGCUUGUUUCACCAGUUUGCUUGUGGUCUAUGUUUUGUGUAUUUCAGAAGCAGCUUAGGACAUGAGUUUGUAUGAGUUUCACUUUAUUUUUACUAGCUUUAACUUGUCAUAUGUCAUGCCAGCCAUUUUAUAGUGAGCUUGAGCUUCUUUUCCAUCUUGUAAUUUUUUUAUUCUUUUCUUGUUUUUUAAAAGAUAUUAAAAAUAAAAUAUAUUUGUAGGGUC